UCGUGUGGGUCGAGGACCGAUCGUAUCUGCAGUAGUCGCAAUCGUUCAAAGAAUUGACUAAGGAAACAUGGCUGCAGGUUGUUGUGGAACGAAAAAGCAAAAGCUGAACAAUUCUUCAAGUGUUCCUUGUAAUGGUUCAGUGUUACAAAAUGGCACACAGUUAAGGAACAGUGUGAUAGUAAAGCCUGAGAUGGGCUUCUUUUGCUUCGAUGUUCUUUAUUGCCAAUUACAUCAACUCGACCCUCCAAAACCGCCCAAUUUUAGCAACGAAGCAUUCCCAUUAUUUGUAACAUGGACUAUUGGAAAAGAUAUGAGGUUAAGAGGUUGUAUUGGUACAUUUAAUGCGAUGCAGUUACAUGCUGGACUUAGAGAAUAUGCAACAACCAGUGCAUUCAAAGAUUCACGCUUUAAUCCUAUCACACGAGAUGAACUACCACGUUUACAUGUAAGUGUUUCAAUUUUGAGACACUUUGAAGAUGGUAUUGAUUAUUUAGACUGGGAAGUAGGUGUUCAUGGAAUUCGUAUAGAAUUUCAUAAUGAGAAGGGCAAUAAACGAACUGCAACCUAUCUACCUGAUGUUGCAACAGAGCAAGGAUGGGACCAGAUACAAACAAUAGAUUCAUUACUGCAUAAAGGUGGUUACAAAGGAUUAGUCACUCCAGAUAUUAGACGUAGUGUCAAGUUAACAAGAUAUCAAAGUGAGAAAGUUACUGUAAGCUAUCAAGAUUAUAUGACACAUUGGCAUAGCCGAAGAUGCUAGCAGCUGGCUUGGGGUCCUAGUCAAGGACCCCAAUUGCCACAAAAUUCUGUUGCAGUUCAUUAUAAUGCUAAUACAUCUCACACAUCCCAUCUACUAUACAACAGUACUCAAUAUAAUUCUUAUAUGGCCAGUCAGGAACAUGGAUUAGUAAUGACACAACGUAAUCAUCCUGCAUUUAUACAUCCUCUUCCAAUACCUCCUAUUUCUCCUGUCAUGUUACCUAUAUGGGAUUAUUCAUCAUUUUGGUGGGAUCAAACUAGUUCAUCUUAUCCUCCACCACAUUCACAUCUUCAUCCUCCUCCUCGUGUUCACCGUUUUUCGUCACAAGAACCUGAUCGUGGAAUUCGUAAACGAAAAUGACAUUGGAGGCGACUAUUGUUUACAAUGUUUUAUUGUUUAAAAUGGUGCCUACUAUACUUUGUAUGUUUCUGCAUACACGGUUUUCCUCUUAUGAUAUCACAUAGUCCUCCUUGAGGAUAAUAGCAUUUUAUGUAUGAUGGCACUGUCUUAUUUCUUUAUCUUUUAUAAUAUAAUAAUAUUAUUUAAUACUUAAUAAUUGGUAUAAUCAUAAAAUAUAUAUGCAUACAAAAAGUGCAUUAACUUUUAACUUUAAUAUUUGUAAUCAUUGAUAAAAAUAUAUGUCAAAUAUUCGAAUUUUAAAACUUGUACUAUAAUAUAAUUGCAUAUUCUCAUGUGCUUUAAUACGUUCAUAAAUUAAAUAACAUGAUUGAGUCCACAAAUAGAAUAUACAUAGUAUGCAAUUAGCUCUGCCAUCAUACUUAUUGAGUGUCCAUUUAUGUCUACAGUAUACGAGUGACAUGAAUAAUAUUUUAGCACAGUGAUGCUGCCUGCAAUUCACUGCCUGCUUCACAAGGUUUAAUGUACAAAUUCACGCGAAAAUGUUUCUAUUAUUCAUAUAUUACAAAAAUAUAGAAUAUCAUUUUUAGAUAAUAACAUAAGUGAAGAAUAAAAAAUUAGAUUUUCUAUUAAUUCAUAUAAGAUAUAUAAUUAUUUUCUAUAUAACUU